AGCUGAGCACCGCAAAGGGGUUUUGUCCCCCUCCAGCAAAUCCCCUGGCCAAAAUUAUGAGGUUUUUCCUGAAACUCAGAUUUGGGGCUAAAACUUCAUUUCCCAGGGCCCACCUUGGGCUGGGGGCCUCCAAUCAGCACCGAGGGAGGCUUUAAGGAGGCUGCCUGCUGGAGGACAUUCCCCCUGGGGAGGCAGGGAGGUCUUCUCCAGCUUGGGGUGGCUCUGAGCAUGUCACCGUGUGUUGGGUGAGUGUGGUCCCACCGCCAGCUGUGCCUGACCUCAGGACCACCGCCGUAACCCCACGUCCCCUCCUGCAGAGCCGGCGGGUGACAAAGCCAUGGGGAUCUCGAGGGCCCGCGGGGCGAAGGACAGCAGCAACCGGAAGCGAAAGAGUGAGGCAGAGAAGGGGCAGGAGGUGCUGAAGGCACCCCAGGGGAAGGCUGUGAAGAAGGAGCCAGAGGAAACUCCGUGCAUGGCGCAGCCCCCUGUGCUGAAAGGGAAGAAGAAAUCUGCAAAAGUCAAGGAGAAACCACUGCAGGAGAACAUCAUCAGCAGCUCCCUAAAGCACGAGGCUGUGGAAGGUAAAGGUCUCAGCCCAAGCCCAUGGGAUGGGAUCCGAGCGAAGGAGGCAGCUGCAUCUGGGUUGGAGGAGACUGAAUCCAGCCUUCACCAAGGGUCAUCAGUAGGGCUGGAGGACUCUUCCAGGUCACAGCCCAAAAUCUGGAGUGAGGGACCUGCAGUGGGACAGCAGCUCUUGGAGACCAAAGACAGAGUUGGGCUCCUGAGACCAAGUGGUGGUGUUCCUAGCAUGGCUGCAUCCCUUUCUGGAGAGCCUGGGGGUUCAGGGUUAUUUCUGGGGGUCACUGCUGUGAGGGAGGAGGUGGAAAAGGAGCUGGACCCCUCUGUCCCACAGCAGAAAGGGGAUGCCCGAGACCUGAAGAGGAAAAAAGAGAGAGAGAAGAAGCAAGAGCAAAGGAAGCAGAGGGAGAAGGGGUUGCUGAGAAAAGGAGGGAGCAAGAUGGAUGAAUUUGAGGAAGAUCUUGGGGGUAUGAUGGAGGGAUUCAAGGGUGAGGAUGGUGCUGAUGGGAAUGGAGACUGGGGAGUGGGACAAGGAAGAGCCAAGAGAGGGAGCAGCAGCUGUGCCCAGGGAAGGAGCAAUGAGAAGAAAAAGCAGGAGAAAGGGAAAGCAGAGAAACGCAAGAAGGUGAAAACAGAGGGGGAGGAGAAAAUGGGGAGGAAGAAAAUAAAGAAGGAAAAAAUGCUGGAAGAGGAGCAAAAGUUGGAAAGGACAAAUGAGGAAUUAGAAGUGGGAGAUGAACCAGGAGGGAUGGAGGGGAGAGAGGUGGUGGGAAAGGAAAGUGAAGAUGGGAAAGGAAUAAAGGAGGAGGAGGUGGAUGAGCAAGGGGAUGAGAGAUGGGGACAGGCUGAGAGCAUGGAGAUUGGGCUGGAGGUGAAGGAGGAAGAUGAGGCAGGGAAGGGAGAUAGGCCAGGGGAAGGGAAAAAGCAGAAAACCAAGGAGAAAAAGCCAAAAGAGAAAAAGGAGAGGGGGAAGAAAAGUAAAGAGAAGAGCGAAAAUGAGGAGAUCCCAGAGAAAACCCAGAAAAGAAAAUCUAAGGAGGAAGGAGAGGAGAAGAAAAACAAAAAGGCUAAAAAGGAGGAAAAAGAGAAAGAAAAGAAAGAGGCAGAAAAGAAGUGGAAAUGGUGGGAAGAGGAGAAGACAGCCGACGGGGUGAAGUGGACGCAGCUGGAGCACCGAGGACCCUACUUCGCCCCUCUCUACGAGCCGCUGCCUGACGAUGUUCAGUUUUAUUACGAUGGCAAACCCCUGAAGCUGAGCCUGGCCACGGAGGAGAUUGCUACCUUCUAUGCCAAAAUGCUUGAUCACGAGUACACCACCAAGGAGAUCUUCCAGAACAACUUUUUUAAUGACUGGAGGAAGGAGAUGACCCCUCAGGAGCAGAAGAUAAUCAAGCACCUGGACAAGUGUGACUUCAGAGAGAUCCACAAGUACUUUGUAGACAAAAACGAGGCACGGAAAGCACUCCCCAAAGAGGAGAAGCAGAAACUGAAGGAGGCAGCAGACAAGAUCCAGGAAGAGUACGGGUAUUGCAUCCUCGAUGGGCACCGGGAGAAGAUAGGCAACUUUAAAACUGAGCCUCCGGGGCUUUUCCGUGGCCGUGGUGACCACCCCAAAAUGGGCAUGCUCAAGAAGAGAAUCAUGCCAGAGGAUGUGGUCAUCAACUGCAGCAAGGACUCCAAGAUCCCUGAACCGCCUGCGGGCCACAAAUGGAAGGAGGUGCGCUUUGACAACACGGUCACCUGGCUGGCCUCGUGGACCGAAAACAUCCAGAACUCCCUAAAGUACAUCAUGCUGAACCCCAGCUCCAAGCUGAAGGGGGAAAAGGACUGGCAGAAGUACGAGGUAGCCCGGAAGUUAAAGGACGUUGUCCACAAAAUCCGUGCUGAGUACCAGGCUGACUGGAAGUCCAAGGAGAUGAAGAAGCGGCAAAGAGCAGUGGCCCUCUACUUCAUCGAUAAGCUGGCCCUGCGAGCUGGCAAUGAGAAAGAGGAAGGGGAGACUGCGGACACAGUUGGCUGCUGCUCCCUGCGCGUGGAGCACAUCAAGCUGCACCCCGAGCUGGACGGGCAGGAGCACGUGGUGGAGUUUGACUUCCUCGGGAAAGACUCCAUCCGCUACUACAACAAAGUGUCGGUGGAGAAGCCGGUGUUCAAAAACCUGCAGCUGUUCAUGAAGAACAAGGACCCAGGAGAUGACCUCUUUGAUAGGCUCACUACGGUCAUCUUGAACAAACACCUCCAGAAUCUGAUGAACGGUUUGACUGCCAAAGUGUUCAGGACCUACAACGCUUCCAUCACGCUGCAGGAGCAGCUCAAGGCCCUCACUAACCCUGAAGACAGCGUUGCAGGAAAGCUGCUCUCCUACAACCGAGCUAACCGAGCUGUGGCCAUCCUGUGCAACCAUCAGAGGUCCACGCCAAAAACCUUUGAGAAGUCAAUGCAAAACCUCCAGAGUAAGAUUGAUGCCAAGAAGCAACAGCUGGAGGAAGCUGAAAAAGAGCUGAAAAAAGCUGAAGAUGAGUUUGAAGAGACAAAAGAUGCCAAAGCAGAGGCCAAUAUACAGAAGAAAAAAAAGCUGCUGGAGCGUCUAAAAGAGCAGCUGGCCAAGCUGAAUGUCCAGGCCACAGACAAGGAGGAGAACAAGCAGAUAGCUCUGGGCACGUCCAAGCUGAAUUACCUGGACCCCAGGAUUAGCAUAGCCUGGUGUAAGAAGUUUGGUGUGCCCAUUGAGAAGAUCUACAACAAGACACAAAGGGAGAAGUUUGCCUGGGCGAUCGACAUGGCCGAUGAGGACUUUGAAUUCUGAGAAAGCGCCUUUCCUGUUACCUCAUGCUCAUUUGGUGUUGUUUGAUAACUUUUUUUUACAUGCUGCAGCAGUUGUUACAGAUGUGGGGUGCUUGCCUAAAGGGAGUUUGAUCUAUGUAUUUCAUAUUGUUUUUUUGUAUGAAAAUUAGAAACCAGAUCUUUAAAACAACUGACUUGUGACACUCGUUCUGAGUGCAGUAACUUUGCUGUGAACUUUUAAUUCCUCUCCAGAGCUGCCAAGUGCUCUGGUGGAUCUCUUCUUUCCUCCUCCUUGAGAGUCUGGGAAGAAGAUUGAGAGCCUUAACAGUGCCAAUAAAUGAGAUUACAGCGUC